UCUUGUGAGGCGCUUUUGUAUUUGAAAAACAUUUUACUCGUUAAAUCUAUCUAGAUACCGUUUUUUAAUUACGGACACGUGUUACAAUGUGUGCAGAACGAUCUACACUGGUUCACUGGUUUCGCAAAGGCCUCCGGGUGCACGACAAUCCCGCUUUAUCGCAGGUUUUCACUGCCGCCAACGCAGCACCAGGUCAAUUUUUCAUUCGCCCAAUAUUUAUAUUGGAUCCUGGUAUACUCGAUUGGAUGCAGGUGGGCGCCAAUCGGUGGCGAUUCCUGCAGCAAACGCUAAAUGAUUUGGAUCAGGAGCUGCGGAAACUAGAUUCCCGUCUGUUUGUGGUGCGCGGCAAGCCCGCAGAGGUUUUCCCCCGGAUCUUCAAGAGCUGGCGUGUGGAGCUCCUGACUUUUGAGACGGAUAUCGAACCUUACUCCUUGGCCAGAGAUGAAGCCGUUCAAAAGUUGGCCAAAUCAGAGGGUGUCAAGGUGGAAACCCACUGCUCUCACACUAUUUACAAUCCGGAAUUGGUUAUAGCCAAGAAUCUUGGCAAGGCUCCCAUUACAUAUCAAAAGUUUCUGGGCAUUGUGGAGCAACUUAAGAUACCCAAAGUUCUAGGAGUUCCAGAGAAGUUAAAGAGAAUUAAUGACCCACCCAAAGAUGAAGUGGAGCAGGAGGAUUCAACGGCAUAUGAUUGUCCUACCAUGGAACAAUUGGUCAAACGACCAGAGGAACUGGGACUCAAUAAGUUUCCCGGAGGUGAAACAGAGGCCCUGCGCCGCAUGAAGGAAUCAUUAAGCGAUGAACUUUGGGUGGCCCGCUUUGAGAAACCCAACACGGCACCCAAUUCCCUGGAGCCCAGCACUACUGUACUGAGUCCUUACCUAAAAUUUGGAUGUCUCAGUGCACGAUUGUUUCAUCAGAAGCUGAAAGAGAUCCUCAAGCGCCAGACAAAGCACUCGCAGCCUCCUGUAUCCCUAAUUGGCCAACUGUUGUGGAGGGAAUUCUACUACACAGUGGCGGCUGCUGAACCCAAUUUCGAUCGGAUGUUGGGCAAUGUCUACUGCCUGCAGAUACCAUGGCAGGAGCAGCCAAAACACCUAGAGGCCUGGACGCAUGGACGCACCGGUUAUCCUUUCAUCGACGCCAUAAUGCGACAGUUGCGCCAGGAGGGAUGGAUCCAUCACCUGGCUCGGCAUGCGGUGGCCUGUUUUCUCACACGCGGAGAUCUAUGGAUCAGCUGGGAGGAAGGGCAGCGGGUGUUUGAGCAGCUGCUGUUGGAUCAGGAUUGGGCCUUGAACGCUGGCAACUGGAUGUGGCUCUCCGCCUCUGCAUUCUUUCAUCAGUACUUUCGCGUCUAUAGCCCCGUGGCGUUUGGCAAGAAAACGGAUCCCCAGGGGCACUAUAUCAGGAAGUAUGUGCCGGAACUCUCGAAAUAUCCAGCUGGCUGUAUUUACGAGCCCUGGAAGGCCUCGCUAGCGGAUCAGCGUGCAUACGGUUGCGUCCUGGGCACAGAUUAUCCCCACCGCAUUGUUAAACACGAAGUCGUGCACAAGGAGAACAUUAAGCGGAUGGGUGCCGCCUACAAAGUAAAUCGCGAGGUGCGAACGGGCAAAGCGGAGGAUUCCCUUGAGGAGAAGCCAGAAACCUCCACUACAGGCAAGCGGAAGGCGCUAAAGGCAUCCGGAAAUGCCCCCAAGCGAAAACGUUAAAAUUUAAAUAUGUAUGCUACCCUAAGUAAGUGGUGGGUAUGUACUAUAUAGUAUUUGUUAAUUGGAAUUUUAAGUUGAAUAAAAUUUAAAAUAAUUAGGUAUAAGUACAUUUUGCAUGUUAUCCCCUGAGGAUUUUUGUUAGUUUCUUAAUUCUACCUAAACUAGGGUAGUAUAGUACCACAAUUAAUUUGACUUAAAAUGUAAUGGUACUUAAUUGAAGCUACAUAUUUCAACAUAUUUAUCAUUAUUUUAAAUAUUAGUUGUUUCUUGGAAAUCUUAUUCCAUAGAUUAUCUGUAAAGCCAUUACUAGGCUCCUUGGAAUCUAAUUAUAAAAUGUUAAAAAGCCUGUUGAAUUUUAAAUAAAAUAUAUAUAUGGACCAA